AAGGGAGGGAGGGAGGAGAGAAGGAGGAAGGGAGGGAGGGAGCAAGCCAGGGAGGGAGGGAGGUUACAGAGCCUACUGGUAUUAGUGUUCUUUUUCAUUCCCUCCCUGACCUGAGGAGCUGACAGAAGAAAGAGAGAGGGAGAGAGUGAGGGAGAGAGAGAGAGAGAGAGAGGAAAUUGAGAUGGUGUUCAGCUCCACCACUCAGUAGCAGACGCCAGUGUCAGGGUGGAUGACACAGACCUGAGGAUACCGGUGGACACUUCAUCUAAAAAACGGUUUUAUUUUUUUGUUGGAUUACUCGGUGUGACUGCUGAGCACCUGAACCUGGGCACACCUCGACGGCAGGCAGAAGAUGCGGACCAAAAGCAGUGGAGUGGAGACCACAGCCAACGGGGUGCUGGGCGUUUCACAGGACGACCGCGACCUCAGCCAAGAACAGGAAGUGGGUUUGUCUGUGAAGAGUCUAAAAGCAAGAGUCCGGCAGAAUGUGUGCGAGGAUCCAGCGGAGGUGAUCACUGACAAAGAAAAGCUGCUGCUGACGUCCUCGGACGCUGGAGAGAAAAGACGCGACAUCAUGGAUCUGCCCAAAGAAGAUCUGCUCAAACUGCUGGGGAUCAUGGAAGGAGAGGUGCAGGCCAGAGAAGAUGUCAUCAGCAUGUUAAAGUCCAAACAGACUUCCGCUGAGACCGUUGAAUCGCGUUACGGCUCUGCAGUUCCCACCUCGGCCCUCCAGGCCCUGCAGAGAGACAGCUCCAUGGCUGCCAGUGAACCACUGCACCACAGUGUCUACCACGAGCCCAUGGCUGAGCUUGAUCGUCUGCAGGAGAAGCACAAGGAAACGUACCGACGGAUGCUCGGUCAGUUGCUGCUGGCUGAAAAGUGCCACAGACGCACGGUCCACGAGCUGGACACCGAGAAACGCAAACACGUGGACUACAUGAACAAGAGCGACGACUUCACCAACCUGUUGGAGCAAGAGAGGGAGAGGCUGAAAAGGCUACUCGAGAACGAAAAAGCGUACCAAGCAAAAAAGGAAAAGGAGCACUCCAAACGUCUGGCCAAGCUGCGAGAGGAGUUGGUCAAGCUGAAGUCUUUUGUCCUGAUGCUGGUCAAUGAGCGGCAGCAGCACCUCGAGCAAAUGGACAAACAGAGCCAGCGGGUCCAGGAACUCAGCCAGCAGUUGCAACAACGCGAACAAGCGCUGAGUGAAGCCAGGGAGUGUGCUCAAGAGGAUGGCUUCAGGGUGAAGACCCUGGAGGUUGAGCUGAAGGAGAAAUCUGCCACAUUCAACCAGCAACAUGAGGAGGUGACCGCCAAGCUGGCCGGUCAGGAGCAGCACAACCGUCAGCUCAAUGCCAAAGUUUUGGGACUUACACAUAAAGUGGAAGAGCUGGAAGACACCAACAGGAUAUUGAAAAGGUCUGAGGAGGAAUUGCAGGAGCUCAGGGAGAAGAUUACCAAAAAGGAAUGUGGCAAUUCCCAUAUGGUUGCUGAGUUGGAGAGUUUGAGGAAACAAGUUCUAGAAAUGGAGGGAAAGGACGAGGAGAUUAUGAAGACUGAAAAUCAGUGUAAGGAACUAAAAAAGAGACUUCAGGAGGAGGACGCUAGGAGUAAAGACUUAAGACUGGAAGUGGAGAAGCUCCAGAAAAGAAUGAUGGAGUUGGAGAAACUUGAAGGUGCAUUCAACCUGAGUAAGUCUGAGUGUACACAGUUACAUAAUGCUCUGGAAAAGGAAAAAGGCCUGAACAAAGAGCUUUCAGAUGAAGUUGUGUCCCUCAGGAUCCGUAUGAAAGAGCUGGAGUCCUCUGAACUCAGGUUGGAAAAGUCCGAGCUCAGUCUCAAGGAUGACUUGAGCAAACUGAAGUCGCUGACGGUUGCUCUGAUGGAAGAACGCAAGACCCUCAUUGAGAGAAUAAAGACAGAUGAGAAGAAACAGGAGGACUUGAGUACAAUGGUCAAAGCUGAGCAGGGGAAGGUUAUGGACGUGACUGAGAAACUGAUAGAAGAAAGCAAAAAACUCCUGAAACUUAAAUCAGAAAUGGAAACUAAAGUGGAAACUUUAACCAUUGAAAAGGGAGAGCUAAACAACCAGCUGGCAAACGAAAUGGAUAAAUCUAAAGACCUUUCUUCUGAAUUCACUCAAAUUAAAAGGAGGUUAGACGGCUACGAGCAGGCGGAAAGGCUAUCAGCGAAAAACUCAGUCAAAUGCGACGCGAUGAGAAUGUCUGACUCUGUACAAAGAGAAGACAACAAAAUUAAGGAACUGACGUUUGAAAUUGAACGCCUGAAAAAUCGCCUCAAACAACUUGAAGUUGUGGAGGGAGACCUGAUCAAGACAGAGGAUCAGUACGAUUUGUUGGAGAAAAGGUUCAUGACAGAACAGGACAAAGCUAACAUUCUUUCUCGUCAGGUGGAGGAAAUGAGAAAUCAGAUAGCGAGAAACAAAGCUGUGGAGAAGGGAGAAGAGGAAAGCCGAGAAGAAGACCUUAGGCAGAGAUGCAAGAGAGAAGAAGCUAGGACCAGGGAACUGCAGGCUGAUGUGGUCGCCCUCAAAGAGAAGAUCCAUGAACUGAUGCACAAGGAAGACCAGCUUUCCCAGUUGCAGGUGGACUACUCCCUCCUGCAGCAGAGGUUCCUGGAAGAGGAAGAGAAAGCCAAAAACAUGAGAACAGAAGUUUUCCACCUCAGCAAAGAGCUGGAAAUGGCCAAACGUCAGAGUCGAGCGUUGAGGCCCAGCUUAAAUGGAAGAAGGAUCGUAGAUGUUGCUGUAACAUCGACUGGGGUACAGACAGAGGUGUCAGCCACUGGGUCGGCAGAGGAAGAUACUCCAGCUGUGUUUAUCAGGAAGUCUGUUCAAGAAGAAAAUCAUAUCAUGAACAACAUCAGACAAAAGUGUCUAAAGAAACCGACAGAAAAGACCGUGGAGCGUUGUCCAUCAUCUGGCAGUGACCUGGGCAUGAAAAAAUCCUGGAUUCCUUGGAUGAGGAAAAAGGACAACCACCCUCAAGAGACCAACUUGCACAUCAAUGGAGAGCAUUUGCCCUCCGAACUGACUAUGCCUGCAAAACAAGGGCAACCGUUACACAUACGAGUUACACCUAACCAUCAAAACAACUUGGCCACCCUUGAGAUUAGCAGCUCGACUACCGAAGAUGCUUUCUCUAGUUCCGCUCCCCUAAGCCCUAAUCCAUCUCAACCCAAAUCCAGAAUCACAAUCAUUCCGACUUACUCUGCCCCAAACCCCAAAAGAAAGCCAACGUCUACACAUCACGGCCCUGAAAGAGCCAAGUCCCCGGUCACUAUCACAGCCAUAUCCAGAGCCAAAUCUCCAGAGAGCAGUAGAGCUCCCUCUAGUGGUUCAGGACGCCCUAUGUCCCCAGUUACUAUGAUGACCGUCAGCACCACUGUGGUUUCUGAAACAUCUGCUUCUCCAGAGCCCCAGGAGAUGACCAUGGGUCGAGCCGUUUUCAAGGUCACCCCUGAGAAGCAGAUGGUCCCAGUGCCUGUAAGGAAGGGCCACAACAACACCAGCAUCAUCACCACAACCGAAGACAACAAGAUCCACAUACAGCUUAGCAACAGCAUAGCCCCAAAGAUGGUGGUCAGACCGGUGACUUCUGUAACCGAGGGCAAAGAAAUGACCUUAUCAACAGGCACGGUUCUGCGUUCCCCACGUCAAAUCACCACCACUGCCACCAAGAGCACACAGAGCAAAGUGAUGAGCAGUAUCACAAUCUGCCCUGCCACAUCCACUACCACCAGACCCACACAGGCCUUGACAGGGCAUGAUGCCCAGCAACCUCGAACAGGACUGACUCGCAUCCCAAUGUCCAAGAACCUCAAGACAGGAAAAGCGGUGUUGGGAUCCCUGGGGAUCUCGAGCGGACUGAGGUUGGAGUCCCGGGCUGAGACUCAGUCCAUGAGGAUAGAAGUGAAGAAAUCCACUGUGAACGGCAACACUGUACACAGCGGUGGAAAAACCUGACUGACAUGAGAAGAUCCUAAAAGGCUUCAGAGACAACGUUCACGUCGACUAUAAAGCUCUGAGGAUGUUCCUGUACAUUUUCUUGUCCUCAGAUCUUUUAUUUUUCACCGUCUUUGUACUUGUCUGUCUCGUCUAUUUUGACACAUGAAUGGACUCAUAUUCAGUUGAUUUACCGUGUGUUUAGUUUUGGGCAUUUUUAGUUAAAUGUAUCAGACUGUGCGGCUCCUAACAGCUUCCUGCUCCGUGUGGUCAAACGACACAAUAUAAAACAGAUUACUAAUUUUUAAUGUAACUUGUGUUUAUACCUCCAAUGUGUAUUUGAAAUAAAUCUGUUGUCAGACCAUAA